AGAAGAAACGAAAUAUUUGAAAAGCUCACAAUUUCAAUUUCUCCCACAAAACAACAACUUCAAAUCAGCACAAAGCUACAUCAAGAUGGUUCGUUUUUAUUCCCUCGCUCUUCCCCUUUUGUUGGCCACUGCAGCUGCUGAUGCCCAUGAUGCUAUCGGUGACCUCAUUCCUUCCUCGGAACUGUUGCCUGAAGAAGGACCAACGGUUGAGACAACCAUGGUCUUUGGCACCGGAGAGAAUCACAACUUCAAGACGUUUGGAGAUGAGCUCUUUGACUACAAUGGUGAAUGCGACCUGAUCUUGUUGAAUGAUCCUUCGUUCAAGCGCGAAUUGGGCAUGCGCAUUGACAUUCGUACCCAAAUCCACGGUUCUGCAUCUGGUGUGACCCAAGCUGCAGUCAGAAUCGGUGACCAGGUUCUGGAGGUUGCUGGAGGACAGGGCAAGGAAUGGAUCUGGGUCAAUGGAGUGCCCAAUGAAGACCUUGAGGAUGGUGAAUGGUACCUUUCUUCGAUUGAUGGAUUGGUGGUUCGCUUGAGAGAAGAUGGGGAUGACCGUGAGGCCGUCAUUUACGUGGAUGGAUACAUCGAAAAGCUUGUCUUCAAGGCCAACCGUGCCCACGACUUUGUUCAUCUGGAUAUGGAGCGAAAGGGCGGAAAGGGCAGCAAGAACUACGAAGGUUCCACUGGACUGUUGGGAUCUCAUGCUCUCAAUGGUCUCCGUGUGGGCCGUGAUGGCGAGACUCUGAUUCAAGAUAUCAAUGAGUUUGCCCAAGAGUGGCAAGUUCGUGAAGAUGAAGAUCGCCUUUUCCACAACUACGAUGAUACCAUGGUCUUGGCUCCUUCCAAGUGUCUUCUUCUUUCCGGCAACGCUGCCGAGAGGCGUGCCUUGCGAAGCAGCAAAUAGGUUGCUCUUGAUGUUCAGCCGAUUGCUUUCAGGCUUCGAUAGAAAGUAUCUACUUAAUUAAUAAUCCUCCUUGACAGAG